AUGCUGGACGAUAAUGAUGGAGAAACUGUUCAUGAAGAUAGAAAUAAUUCUUCUCUAGAACAAGGCGAGAUUGGAGCGGUAUUCAUAGUACCUAAAAUACUUAUCAGAGAACAUGAACGAGUUAUACUUAAACAAAUUCUGCAAAUUCUGGAUCAAGACGAAUUAGUACAACCCCCCUUAGACAAAUUUCCUUACAAAAAACUGGAAUUGCCAGUGUAUACAGAUGAAUCCAAGACCAGAGACGCUACAAAUACAUCCUAUAAGAUGGUACAGAUGGAUGCUUAUGGUGAGAAAAAAGUAGGUUUAAACGGUGAAUUAUUUGGCGGCAGACAUUAUUUGUUUAACACGUUCACGUUUAUGGCUCAUACAGAUGUUCUUCUGGUGCUUUUACAAGACGUUAUCAAAGUGCUAUACCAGAGCGAUACAAAGCAUGACGGGGACGAGUUUAUUGACCAGCAUGAUCAAAUUCUAAUAAUGGAAACUUCAGAGGAGCAAACAAAUUUUUUGGCCAAAAACGGUAUUCUUCCUGAAGGGUCCAAUGGAUCUUUUAAGUAUGUGACCGCCAGGUCAGCUUUUGUUGAAUUUGGUGCUACUGUUAUUGCCGGUGGUCAACGCAUCGUUGAUGAUUAUUGGGAAUCGUUGGCUAAAAAGCAAAAUUUGUCGUCUCACCAGAGGGUUUUUAAAUUGACAACAGGUUUAAUUUCCAAAAUAUCACUUUUACGUCCCUCCUUCCAGAAUAACAAGAUUACCAAUGCGAAUGAAUUUGGCACAAAAGAUAAUAAUGCUUGUACAAUUUCCAACUCAAAAUUCGAAUCGCCAUAUCCAAUAGUCACGGAACAGCCGUCAGCCGAGGUUAGAGAAGCCUAUAUUGAAAACUUUGCCAAAGGUGAGCACAUUUCGGCAAUCGUUCCUGGACAAAGCAUUAGUGGAACAUUGGAACUCAGUGCACAAUUUAGAGUACCGCGUUAUCACAGCAAAAACUCGUUUCAGCAAGCCCUGCAAAUGAAGGCAAUGGAUAUACCAAUCGGAAGACAUGAAGACUUACUUGCACAAUAUGAAAGUCAAGCGCUUGAUGGUUCCUCAUUAACUUCACUUCCUAAUAAUAUUCCAUCCGUUAAUCCUAGUAAUAAGCCCAUCAAACGAAUGCUAAGUAGUAUUCUUGACAUAAACGUUUCCUCAUCAAAAAACAAGAAAUCUGAGGAAAACGAAAUGAUAAAACCCAUGAACAAGGGUCUACUCAAAAACAAUACAUCUUUAAACAUAAACGGCUGGAAAUUUGAAUCUUUGCCUUUAAAAUCCCCGGAAAAUUCAGGUAAACAGCAAUAUUAUAGAGGAUUGCCAUUAUACGAAAAAAAUGCGUUGCUAGAAAGACUGAAACAACUGACGCCGAACGAAAUCAAAGAACUAGAGCAUUUGCAUGAUGCCGUUUUUGUUAAUACCGGUUUACAAAAUGUUAGGAAAGUUAGGACAAAAAAAUGGAAAAAAUACUGGCAAUACAAGGCAGGUAUCCCUAUCGGUUUGAAACGCUCUCAAUUGGAUGAAUUUAAAAAUAACUAUUUGAAAGAUGUUUUAGCACAGACGAGUGUCACUACGAAUUUUAACGAAAUAACAAAUACGGAUGAAACGAUAACAACAAAAAGGAUACCAAACCCAAAUUUCUUGGGGAACUGCAACAUUAAGGACUUCAAGCCUCCAUAUAUUUAUUCUCGUUCGAACAAAGCACCACAAACCAUCACUGGAAAUAAAACUGCCGUUAAGCCGGACGCUGAUGUGAAGAAUACAAAUCCCAAUCCAAUGAUUGCAACGGAUGCAGCCGCGACGAAACCGAACACCUUUGCUAAUUUCAAUAACGGAAUAACUAUGAAUAACUGA